AUGGCGAUGCAGAAAAUGGCUGGACGAGGAGUGUCGUGGAGGGAGAGGGAGACACUGGAUCUCAUCGACUUCUGGGGAGAGGAGAAGGUCCAGGAGUCACUGUCAAUGUGCCACAGAAACAUAGACGUCUUCGAAAAGAUCGCGGAGCAGAUGGCGGCAAGAGGGCACAAGCGCACGGCUUUGGAAUGUCGGACGAAGACCAAAGCGAUGCGCCAAGAAUACAAACGAGUGGUGGCACACAACUCCAAAUCCGGAAAUGCACCCACAACGUGCCCAUAUUAUGCCCAGCUACAUCGUAUCUUCAGGGGCGAUGCCAGCAUCAGGCCACAACGGGUGGCCAGAAGCCUCUCCCUUCCGCGCGCCGACACUCCGAGACCAGUUCAAUUUGAGGGGUCUGAGGAACUGUUUAGCCACCCGAUGGUGACCCUGAAUCUACAAUCUGUGGAUGUCACAGCAAACGAUCAAGGGGCUGCAUCUGACCAGGAACAAUUGAUGGAAGCAUGUGAUGGGGGAGAGGUGGGAGAAGAAGAUUCGGACUUGACUCAGGUGGAUGAAAUCCCGGAGGAGCAUGAGGACGGCAGUCGUCAAAAUGUGGUCGCUGAAAAUCAGCCCGUUGAAACCGCACCAAAAACCACGGCACAGAUGUCGCCUGCAUCUCGGCUAGAAAAGGCUAGAACCCGAAGCAGACGUGUGGCCUUGCUUAGCACCGUGGCAGAAAAGAUGUUGUCUCAGGCAGAGAGAGAGGAGAACAACAAUGCCAAGGAAAGAAAACAGACAUUGACGGAGAGCCGAGAGUGGCGCAUGCAAUUUCUGGAAGCGGAGCAGAGAAGGCAUGAGGACACUAUGAGGGAGGCACAAGAAGACAGAAAGGCUUUCAUUGAGGCGCAGCAGCAGAACUUUGAGGGCAUCAACAGAGCGGUCAGUGCCUUAAGCUCCCUAACCGAAAUUUUGCUGGGGGGAAACCGUGAGCUGAGUCACCAAGCCAUGCCAGGACAAUCAUCUGGAAGGGGAAGUGUGCAUAGAUCUCCACAGGAGAACCCACCCAGAAAGAGGUGUCGUGUGAUUAAACCCAGCAAGAAAUUUGAUUUGUGA